CUUGCGCCUGGUGCGCCCGGGGGGGACCUGUGGUGGGGCGGCCCUGGGCUUCUACACAGCUGUGGGUUCAGGGACGACGGCUCCCUCGGUCUCACGAGGUUCAAAGGAAAUUGCAGACCCGAUCGGGAACCCUCCACGGCAGGAAGUGGCCGGCGGGACCCACUCGUGGCGGGACACGAAACGCCGCACCAGCGGAGCGCACACUUUUGUUUUUAUUUGUUUGGUUUUGGGUUUCGUUUGUUUGUUUCCCCAACAGGAGUCGCACUGGGCGAGGCAGGCGAUCCGGCCCGGCCCGCAGUUUCUUCCACAGGUUUCUCCCUAGGGGCCCAGGCUGCCGCAGACUCGGCCCUCGGGCGCCGCUGUCCUCCUCCGCGGCCUCUCCCUGCCCUGUCGCCUCUCUGGUCCCCUGUGCACGUGAGGAAGGCCCGGUCCCUGAUUCCGCCUCUCCUUCGAGGAGGUCGGGGGCCCUGCCCACGCCCCGUCCGCUGUGCAGACGCAGAGCUGCGGCCCAGGGAAGCUCCCCCCAGGGCCCCUGCAGACCGCAGCGGCCCCAGGACCUUGGUGACUUGAAGGCUUCCUGGAGGCGGGGUACGCGGUGUGCACGGGGCAGACCUCUAAUCGGAUUAAGCCGCCGGCCUGGGGCCCGGAGAACCUUUUCCCACACCCACCUCGGCCAGGCGGGAGGAGAGGAGGCGCCGGGUCCCCCAGACGCACAGCCGCCAGGCCCGACCAGGCCACUCAGGAUGAGACCUUCUCCGGACGCCGGCAGGUCCAAGAAAAGCCAAUCUGCUGUAGGCCCCACACUGCGACCCCUCCUCCUGGGCCUCCUCCUGUGGAGCUGCGGGGCCGAGGCCAGCAGAGCCCCAAGACCGAACUUCCUGCUGAUCCUGGCGGAUGACCUGGGCAUCGGGGACCUGGGCUGCUACGGGAACCACACUCUGAGGACCCCGAAUAUCGACCGCCUGGCGGACGAGGGCCUGCGGCUCACCCAGCUGGACUCCCACAGGAGACCCUCCUGCCUCAGCCUUCCAGAGCGCGGGGCUGCUCAGCCAGCCGCACGCGCCGGCUCACGGGGCGCUUGUCUCGCAGGGAAGUGGCACCAGGGCCUGAGCUGUGCAUCCCGCGGCGACCACUGCCACCACCCGCUGAGCCACGGCUUCGACUACUUCUACGGGCUGACCCUGCUGGCCGCCAAGGUGCACGGCCUGCUGCCCGUGCCGUGGAAAGUGGUGCUGGGCGCGGCCUGCCUCAGCCUCCUGCUCUUCCUCUGCUGGUCCUGCAGCUCGGGGUUUGUGCGGCGCUGGAACUGCAUCGUCAUGCGGAACCACGAGGUCACCGGGCAGCCCAUGGACCUGGACCGCAGCACCCAGCUGCUCCUGCGGGAGGCCCAGGCCUUCAUCCGGAGGCCGCCCCGUGACUGCUCUCGGGACUGUCCAGCAGGAGGUGACUUGGACACCAUGGGCGAGGUGCACGGAGCCGGCCGGGUGUGCGUGCUCUGCCCUGACACCUGCCUGUUGUCCGAAGGUAAAAUCCUCCACACCCUGGAGCGGAACGGCUUGACCAACACGACGCUUACGUACUUCGCGUCCGACCACGGAGGACACCUGGAGGCCAGGGAUGGAAGCCAGCAGCUUGGGGGAUGGAACGGAAUUUACAGAGGCGGCAAAGGCAUGGGGGGCUGGGAGGGCGGCAUCCGCGUCCCCGGGCUCCUGCGCGCGCCCGGGGUGCUGCCCCCAGGCCGAGAGAUCCACGAGCCCACCAGCCUCAUGGACGUCUUCCCCACCGUGGUGCAGCUGGCGGGCGGCCAGGUGCCCCAGGACAGGGUGAUCGACGGCCGCAGCCUGCUGCCCUUGCUGCGAGGCGAGGAGGGGCAGUCGGGCCACGAGUUCCUCUUCCACUACUGCGGGACCGAGCUGCACGCCGCACGCUGGCACCAGAGGGACGGUGGCCGAGUCUGGAAGGUCCACUACACAACGCCGCGGUUCCACCCCCCAGGAGCCGGUGCCUGCUAUGGCCACGGCGUGUGUCCCUGCUCCGGGGACGGCGUGAUCCACCACCGCCCGCCUCUGCUCUUUGAAUUGUCCAGUGACCCUGCAGAGGCCUGGCCCCUGUCCCCCGACUCGGAGCCCCUGUUCCACACCGUGGUUGCCAGGGUGGAUGCGGCCGUGGCAGAGCACCGGGAGACCCUGAGCCCAGUGCCCCAGCAGCUGUCUCUCAGCAGGGUCCUGUGGAGGCCCUGGCUGCAGCCGUGCUGUGGGACCUUCCCCUUCUGUGGGUGUCAGGAAGACGGGGACAACACACCCCAGAAGCCCGGACUCUGAGACAGAAGCGUCCCUACCCACUUCCUUCCGUGUGGUCUCUAGUCUAGGAUGUAGUCCUCCUGGCGCCAAGAAGGCUGCCACAGCACCGGACAUCAAACGGACACCGCAGACAACAGGAAGGAAGAAAAAUGAACAGGCAUUCUCUGUUUUGAAUAAAUCUUCUCUGGGAAAGGUGAUGAUGUAGAAAACUUUGCUUGCAAAAAUCUGUGCACCCUUUAACAGCCACGGUGAACAUUUCUGUCCAUUCCGCUCCCGAGUCUGCGCUGCCCACAGGACGCGGCCGGCAUCCGCACACGAGCGGACAGGGGAGCUUCAGGUCACCCGAGGCCGUCGGGGCUGAACCGAGCACCGAUUCGGCUCUCGCGCCCCACCCCGGCUACAAUCGCCCCUGGGUGAACUCGGAGAGGCCGACGCAGACCCCGGCACGGUUUGCAAAAAGGAAAGCGGGGGCAGGGGGUACACUCGGCGCAGGCUCAGUGCGCUUGCGCAGCACGUGGGCGUCCCGGGGUCCCAGCCCAGCUGCAGAUGCGGCUCGCAAAGGAAAUGAGCUCCGCUGCCUGGAUCGUAAAGCGCGCAGUCCGUCUCUUAGGAAACAGCAGGAAGCUGGAGGGUGGGCCGUGGCUGCAAAAUGUGGUAGAUUUACAAAGGCAGGAAAAAAAAAAA